AAAUAAAAAUAAAAAUAAAAAUAAAAAGACAGAGAGAGGGAAAAUACUAAAUCUCGCACUCUCUUCUUCGCUCUCGGUAGAUAGCUCUCCCUCCAUUGUAAAAUUAAUGGCGAAACCUCGGAAAUCGAAGAACGAGGAGCAGAAGAACGAGAGCUCGGGAUGCGUCGCCCUCCACCAAAAGCUUUGCCUCUCCAUCGACAUGGACAGAAAAAGGAUCUUCGGGUAUACUGAACUGAAAAUCCUGGCUUCAGAGGUUGGAUAUGUUGCUCUGCACGCUGAUGAUAUGGUCAUUAGCAGUGUAACUGUGGACGGGGAACCAGUUGAGUUUGAACACAUACCACAUUAUCAACAUGUUGAGGAUGAGAGAAGAUGGUCGUCUGUCUCAUGCUGUCAAACAGCUGCUGAUGCUGCUUGUUCGACAUACCUCUCAUUGCUGAACAGAGAAAUGGUCCCCAAUUUGCUAAUUUCAUGUAACAAAUCAAAGAAGACAGUAAGCAACCAGAGCCAAGGGGAGAAGGAAAAUAUUGUACAGAAUUCAUCUGCAGAGGAGGUUGUUAAUGGAUAUAGUGCUCCUUCAGAGGAUAAGGAUGUGAAACAUGUUCGCAUAAACUAUUGGGUAGAGAGGGCAGAGGCAGGUAUCCAUUUUGGAAAAAGUGUUAUGCAUACUAAUAACCAGAUACGGCGUGCUCGCUGCUGGUUCCCAUGCAUAGAUAGUAUUUCGCAAUGUUGCACCUUUGAUAUGGAAUUUACAGUCAACUCUGGUUAUGUGGCUGUUAGCAACGGUGACUUACUUUAUCAGGUUUUGAGCAAAGAUGAUCCUCCACGCAAAACAUAUGUAUAUAAAUUAAAUAUUCCUGUCAGUGCAGGCUGGAUUUCUUUGGCUGUUGGUUCAUUUGAGAUUCUGCCGGACAGUCAUACUGGCACUAUAUCAUACAUGUGUUUGCCUCCCAAUUUGCGAGAGCUUCAGAACACAGUUAGCUUCUUUCAUCAAGCCUUUAGUCAUUACGAAGAUUACCUUUCCAUGUCCUUUCCCUUUGGUUCAUACAAACAAAUCUUCAUACCACCUGAAAUAUCCUUAUCCUCUACGAGCCUGGGAGCCUCCAUGUGUAUAUUUACAUCUCAACUCUUAUUUGAUGAGAAAGUCAUAGAUAAGACAAUUGAAACACGAGUCAAGCUUGCUUAUGCCCUUGCAAGGCAAUGGUUUGGAGUGUACAUAACUGUGGAGGAGAGAACAGAUGAGUGGUUGCUAGAUGGGCUAGCUGGAUUUCUUACUGACUCUUUUAUUAAGAAAUUUUUUGGAAAUAAUGAAGCUCGUUUUCGACGGUACAAGUCUAAUUGCACUGUCUGUAAAGUCGACAUUAAUGGAGCAACUGCUUUGAGCUCUUUUGCUUCUAGUGAUCUUUAUGGAACUCAGACUAUUGGUUUGCAUGGAAAGAUUCGAUCAUGGAAAGCUGUAGCUGUUCUUCAAAUGUUGGAGAAGCAGAUGGGCCCAGAUUCUUUCCGUAAGAUUCUGCAGAGUAUAGUGUACAGGGGUUUAGAUGCGGCUCGGUCCAGAACUCUUAGUACAAAAGAAUUCAGUAACCUUGCAUAUAAGGUUGGGAAUCUGGAACGCCCAUUCCUUAAAGAAUUCUUUCCUUCUUGGGUUGAAUCUUGUGGAUGCCCGAUUUUGAGGAUGGGGCUUUCAUACAUCAAGAGGAAAAAUAUGAUUGAAUUUGCUGUGAUGAGAGGCUGCACUGCAAAACCUGGUGAUGCUGCCAACGGAAACAUUGAUACUGCAGUUCGAGAAGGUGAUACUGGUUGGCCUGGAAUGAUGAGCAUCCGAGUUCAUGAGCUUGAUGGAACGUAUGACCAUCCAAGUCUGCCCUUGGCUGGGGAUGCCUGGCAACUACUUGAGAUACAGUGCCAUUCCAAGUUAACUUUGAAACGCAUCCAGAAGCCUAAAAAGGGCUCCAAACCUGAUGGUUCUGAUGAUAAUGCAGAUCUUCCAAAUUUAGAUGCACGCUCAAGUAUGGACUCCCCAUUGUUGUGGAUCAGAGUGGAUCCGGAUAUGGAAUACCUUGCUGAAAUUCAUUUUCACCAGCCCAUUCAGAUGUGGAUUAAUCAACUUGAGAAAGACAAGGAUGUAGUUGCUCAGGCUCAAGCAAUCGCAAUGCUAGAGAAGCUACCUCAGCUUUCAUUUGCUGUAGUCAAUGCUCUUAACAACUUUCUUAGCGAUUCAAAGGCAUUCUGGAGAGUCAGAAUUGAAGCAGCAUACGCAUUAGCACAUACAGCUUCGGAGGACACUGAUUGGGCGGGUUUGCUUCAUUUGAUUAAAUUUUAUAAAAGUCGAAGGUUUGAUGCAGAUAUUGGAUUGCCUAAGCCUAAUGACUUUUAUGAUGUUCCAGAGUAUUUCGUGCUUGAGGCAAUCCCACAUGCAAUAGCUUUGGUCAAAGCAGCAGAUAAAAAGAGCCCCAGAGAAGCUGUAGAGUUCAUAUUACAAUUGCUAAAGUACAAUGAUAACAAUGGGAACCCCUACUCAGAUGUUUUUUGGCUUUGCGCACUGGUUCAGUCUGUGGGCGAGCUUGAAUUUGGUCAACAGAAUAUCUCCUUCUUAUCAUCUCUUCUCAAACGCAUUGAUCAACUUCUGCAAUUUGACAGCUUUAUGCCUAGAUACAAUGGGAUCCUGACUGUUAGCUGUCUUCGCACCCUAGCACAGAUAGGAUGGAAGAUGUCAUCUAUUGUACCUCUUGAACGUAUUUCAGAAGUCAUCAAACCAUUCUGUAGCUCUGAGAAAGCAUCUUGGAUAGUGCGGCUUGAAGCAUGCAAGUUGCUUCUGGAUCUUGAAUUCCAUUGUAGAGGCCUUGAUGCCACUUUAUCUCUGUUUAUGAAAUUCCUGGAGGAAGAGACAUCUUUACGAGGAGAAACCAAAUUGGCUGUGCAUGUGAUGCACUUGUGUCAAAUAAAUGCAGAAGCGGAAAUUGGCUAUGAUGUGACAUGCCCAACUCUUGUUGCUCUCCUUUGCAUGCUUGCAAGCAAAAAAGCAUUUAACAAUGUCUUUCUGAGGCACUAUUUGUUCGGCAUCAUACAAAUUGUUGCUGGGAGGCCACCGACACUUUAUGGUGUUCCAAAGACCCUAGAGCAGUUUCCGACGAUCCAAGAACUGUCUGUCUCCAAUAAUAGUGAGAGGAAGAGAAAUGUCUUAAAGAUCUCGAAACCUCAAGAAACUUCUGCCCCGGCAACUUCAAACCUCUCUGAUGCUCAUAUAGUGCCCAUUGUUGAUGCUUCCAAGGACGCUGAUACUGUCUCCAAUAAUAGUGAGAGGAAGAGAAAUGUUUUAAAGAUCAAGGUCAAGCAACCAGGAUCAUCAAGUAAAGCAGAUGGUAUUGACCAAAUCAUCGAAAAUUCUCGAGGCGGGCAGAAUGACACCAAUGAAGUAGUAGGCCCCACCAGUUCUGUUUCUGUAGAUGCCCCUAAUCAUCAUGAUACAAGCGAGCCACUUCAUGUCAGUAACCAAAACAUUGAAGAAGUGAACUCCUGUUAUGUUUACGAAUCUCGAGUAACUGCUAGUAUUGGUAGCAGCGCCAAAUUGAAUAAAGAUGGUGUUCAGGAGUUACAGUGCACAGCUGAUUCAAGGAAGAGUAUUCCUUGGGAUCAAUCUUCUCCUGUCACUGAGAGAACUGAGGUGGAAGUUCAUCAAGAACACUCCCUCCUACAGGAGGCGACAGUGAAGAGGAAGACGGAAAAGAAAAAGGACAAGGAAAAGAAAAGGAAACGAGAAGAUAAAUCUGGUGAGAAAGAUCGUUCUAAUGACCCUGCUUAUCUGGAGCGUAAGCGCCAGAAGAAGGAGAAGAAACGUCUCAAGAAGAUGGAAAAGAUGAUGAAGAAGGGUGAGGGGAAGUCUUUGGAUGAUUCGAUGAAACCUGUGGCAGAGUCUUCUAAAGGUGAUCAAUCCUCUGAAGGAUCCAAGAAAUUGCAAGGGAAAGUAGAAGACCAUAAUAUACUGAAACCUAAAGAAACCAGUUCAGCCCCUAAAUUAAAAAUUAAAAUUAGAAGUCUUGGUGGCAAAAAUGGGUAGAGGUGUAAUAUGUAAAUUGACACAGUAGUAGUUGUGUUGUAAUCUAAUUUCUUUGUAUUCUGAUAUAUAAUUUUUUCAUGUGAGUUGAGCAUCAAUGCAUUUUAGAGCAAUGACAGAA